GCGGGGGGGGGGGGGGGAUUAAGGGAAGCACAUAAGCCACUUUCCUCCCACGUUUUCCUUUCCUGUUCUGGGCAAAUGAUCUCCUUUUUAUUUUGUGAACGGUCAAGGCAUUGAUGUUCAUUUCUUCAUCAUAAACGACGAAACAUGUCUCCUCCGGGGCUUGAUCAAGUUAUUGCUUGGCACAUAUGCACAUACACGGCGGUCUGCUUCGUGGUGGCGCGCAUCGCGAUCCGGCUCCGGCGGGUCAAGAACCUCCGGACGGACGACGGGUUCAUCGUGCUGGCGGUGCUGUGCCUGGUCGGGGACCUGGCGAUCCAGCACUACAUGUGGACGCAGGGGCUCGCGGACCCGGGCGGGUCGAGCUUUGACAACUUUACCAACAUCAUGAAGAUGAUCGUGCCCGGGUCGACGCUCUACAUCACGUCGCUGUGGGCCGUCAAGGCCGCGCUGGUGGUGCUGUACAAGCGCAUCGCCGGCCCGAGGUCGAGCAUGCAGGUCGUCUGCAACGUCGCGCUCGGCGUGCUGGCCGCCACCUGGCUGCUCAUCUUUUUCCACAUCAUGUUUCAGUGCUGGCCGCACGACAAGAGGUGGUCGCAGAACCCGAAUUAUCAAUGCGAUCCUCACAACUCCGAGAUCAACUAUUGGAUCACGGUGAUAAUAAACAUCACCACCGACGUAGCCAUCAUCAGUCUACCCGUUUCAAUCGUGGCCGGCCUCCAAAUGAAGCUGAGGAAAAAGAUUGGAGUGGGUGCUAUAUUUAUGCUGGGAAUUUUCGUCAUUAUUGGCAGCAUUAUUCGUGCCUACUUUUCCAAGCGAGACGAAAUCAUGCUCACGUGUACCGUGUCAAUGAUUGAGACCAUGAUUGCCAUCAUUGCCGCCUGUCUACCCCCCCUCCUCAGCAUCGUCUCGCAAAAAUUGACCACCAAAAAGACGGGCUACAACGCGGAGCAGCACCAGAGCCACGAGCUCUCGUCGCACAUGGCGACGCACACGCAGCGCUCGGCCUACUCGACGACGCGCAUCGAGGCCACGACGACCAAGUUCCUGCAGCAGCAAAAGAGCAGCCACCUCAGGGGCGGCGACUCGGAGGACGAGCUGGUCGGCGGCGUCGGGGCCCCGCACACGAGCUGGCUGUCGACCAAGCCCGAGCCCGGCGGCAUACACGUCACCAAGACGGUCGAGACGUGGCGGGACGGGCCUUGACUUUUUUGCCCUUUCGAGGACCUUUUUUUGUUUUGGUGUAGCGAUAUUUGGUAGCGAUUUGAAAGUCUAAUAAUAGCAGGCAGUACACCUG